GCCGCCGCCCGCUCGCCCUCCUCCCGUCGCCGCCCUUCCUCAUCCUUCUCCUCCUCCUCCUCCUCCUCCUCCCGGAGCCCGCAGCCUCCUUGCCCUUCCCCCGGCCCCGCGAAGAUGGUGGACCGCGAGCAGCUGGUGCAGAAGGCCCGGCUGGCCGAGCAAGCCGAGCGAUACGACGACAUGGCGGCCGCCAUGAAGAACGUGAGUCCCCUGAACGAGCCUCUGUCCAACGAAGAGAGGAACCUCUUGUCUGUCGCCUACAAAAACGUGGUGGGGGCGCGGCGCUCCUCUUGGCGAGUAAUUAGCAGCAUCGAGCAGAAGACCUCUGCUGAUGGGAACGAGAAGAAGAUAGAAAUGGUGCGGGCCUACCGUGAGAAGAUCGAGAAGGAGUUGGAAGCGGUGUGCCAGGAUGUGCUGAGCCUGCUGGACAACUACCUGAUCAAGAACUGCAGCGAGACGCAGUACGAGAGCAAAGUCUUCUACCUGAAGAUGAAAGGGGACUAUUACCGCUACCUGGCCGAAGUGGCCACUGGCGAGAAGAGGGCGACCGUGGUGGAGUCUUCGGAGAAAGCCUAUAGCGAAGCCCAUGAGAUCAGCAAGGAGCACAUGCAGCCGACCCAUCCCAUCCGGCUCGGUCUGGCGCUUAACUACUCGGUUUUCUACUACGAGAUCCAGAACGCUCCGGAGCAGGCCUGCCACCUGGCCAAGACGGCCUUCGAUGACGCCAUUGCCGAGCUGGACACCCUCAACGAGGACUCCUACAAGGACUCAACGCUCAUCAUGCAGCUCCUCCGCGACAACCUAACGCUCUGGACGAGCGAUCAGCAAGACGACGACGGUGGAGAAGGCAACAACUAGACCCCCCCGAUGGACUGGCAGCCGCACGCUGAUGCUAACUACUGCAGUCUUUAUUUUUUUCC